AUGCAUCUUUAUACAAGGAUUUCUCACCCUCUCCCUUUAUCUGUAAUUAUUUUCAUUUGCUGCAGCAUCAACUUUGUUUCUGGUAUCCCCAGAAGAAACAAUGCCGAAACCAGGUGUCUUGAUCGGGAUCAAAGAGCACUCCUCCAAUUCAAACAAGCGCUCGUGGAUGAUUACAGCCUUCUCAGAUCAUGGCAGGAUGGUCGUGAUUGCUGCCACUGGAGAGGUGUGGGUUGCAACAAUGGAACAGGUGAAGUCGUUAGGCUCGAUCUUUCUGGGAUCUGGUCCGAAGAACUCGACCAAAUUCUUGGUCUCAGCGGUGAAAUUGACUCUUCGUUGCUUCUGUUAAGAUCUUUGAGAUAUUUAGACCUUAGUGGAAACAGCUUCACCCGAAUUCCUGACUUCAUUGGUUCCCUCACAAAACUGCAGCAUCUCAAACUUGCUCAAAUUGAGUUUGGUUCACCCAAAGUUCCCGAUCAAUUAGGUAAUCUUUCAGACUUGCAAACUCUUGAUCUUGCAUCUUCAUCAGUGUUCAUCAAGAACACAAACUGGCUCACUCGUUUUUCCUCACUCAAAUACCUAAAUCUUAGUUAUAUAGACCUCAGUGAGUCACUUGGCUUACUAAAUAAUGCCAUCAGACUGCCCUCACUUGUAGAACUGCACCUUGUAAACUGCUUGCUUCCAAAUACUAGUAACUCAUUUUUUCGUGAUCCCAUCACCAACUUAUCGGAUGGUUUUGUGAUUCUUGAUCUCAAUUCUAACUAUCUUCCAGCCUCCACGAUUUACCCUUGGUUAUUCAACUUCAGUGGCAGCCUUACAGACAUUAAUCUAUCUGAUAACGCGUUACUUGGUACCAUUCCUGAAGCUUUGGUUACGUUCAAAAACCUCCGAAACUUAGACUUGACCAGCAAUGGCCUUGAAGGUGGUAUCCCGACCUCUUUUGGGAACUUGGGCAACUUAAGUUCACUUCUUCUGGCCGGGAACAAUCUGAAACAAGACCUUCCCAGUUUUUUCGACAACCUCUCGGGCCCAGCCUACAGGUCGUUGCAAGUUCUGGAUCUAAGUGAGAAUCAACUAAGUGGUUCUUUGCCUGAUUUUACAACAUUCACAGCUUUGAAGGAACUGUACCUUGGAGACAAUCAGUUGAAUGGAUCGUUCCCAGAUAAAUUUGAGCAAAGCUCUAAACUUUCAAUCCUUGAUUUGGCUGAUAACCGUAUCAAGGGAGUGCUACCUGAUCUUUUGGCUUUUGCUUCAUUGAAGGAGUUAUAUUUGGAGAGAAACCUCUUAAAUGGAACUCUAGCUGAAAGGUUGGCACCUCUCUCCAAGCUUGAGUCUUUGGGUGCAUCUUCAAAUUUCUUUCAAGGUACAAUCUCCGAAAUGCACAUCAGCGAUCUCUCUCGUUUAAAAUAUCUCGACCUGUCAUAUAACUCGCUAGAUAUAAAAAUUGGUUCCAACUGGUCCCCAAAUUUUCAGCUCGAUGUCAUCUCGUUGUCAUCGUGCAAAUUGGGGAAUUCUUUCCCAGAAUGGCUACAAACUCAAAAGAACUUCUCUGUGCUUGAUAUAUCUAACGCCGGAAUCAAUGAUGCAGUCCCCAGUUGGUUCUGGGCGUCGUUAAUUCCAGGUCUUCGCUACCUAAAUCUUUCCUCCAACCAGAUCCAUGGCAUGGUUCCAGAUUUGAGGUUCAGUGGCGGUGUCAAACCUUUAAUAGAUAUGAGCUCGAAUAACUUCUCCGGUAACUUGCCAUUUUUUCCAGUUGACACCCUUGCACUAAUGCUCAAUGAUAAUAUGUUCUCCGGGCCAAUUACUUCCUUGUGUAACCUGACUAUCUUAAACCGCCUUGAUCUUUCAAAUAAUAAGCUGUCGGGAGAGCUUCCUAAUUGCUGGAACAACUUUGAUAGGCUGGUUAUUCUGAAUCUCGAAAACAAUGGCUUUACCGGAACGGUUCCUGACUCGAUAGGAUCCCUCCAAGUUGUCGAUCUGCUGAGCAUGCGAGGCAAUAGCUUGACCGGAAAGCUGCCAUCGUCCUUAAGAAACUGCAGAUCAUUGCGACUUCUUGAUCUCGGAGAAAAUGAACUUUCUGGUAAGAUACCAGAAUGGAUAGGGGAAAGCUUGUCGAUGUUACUUGUUCUUAGCUUACCAUCAAAUCGUUUCAAUGGAACCAUUCCUACAAGUUUAUGUAAGAUCAAAGAGAUUCAAAUUUUGGACCUCUCAGUUAACGAUAUCUCCGGGAGCAUACCCAAGUGCCUCAACAACAUUUCCGGGAUGGUGAUGAGAGAGAAUCGGAGCCCAGAUGCAAGUAUCAAGUACAACGCGAUCGGGUUGGAACGAACCCGGCUAACUUUCAGAGCCAUAUAUGUGUUCAAAGCAUUACUGCAGUGGAAAGGAAGGCAAUCCGAGUACCAAAAGACCUUGGGUCUGGUCACCAGUCUUGAUCUUUCUAGUAAUCGGCUUACCGGAGAAAUCCCGGGUGAGAUCACUAGUCUUUUGGCUCUCAUUGCUUUGAAUCUUUCAAGAAACACCCUAACCGGACCGGUACCUGAAGACAUUGGCCGACUGAGACGGUUGGAUUUUCUUGAUCUAUCGAGAAAUGACCUCAUUGGUGGAAUCCCUACGAGCCUUUCACAAUUGAGUAAUCUUGGGGUCUUGGAUUUGUCCUUCAACAACUUGUCGGGAAGAAUCCCAAAGAGCACGCAGUUACAGAGUUUCGACGUGUCAUCAUACACCGGAAAUCCAACACUUUGUGGGGUUCCGCUGCCGGACGGAUGCCCUGGUGACCAUCCAAGCAGGGGAAAUGAAGAUGUGGACGAACAAGAAUCUGAUGAUGAUAAGCUAACAAGAAAUGGAUUCUAUGUUAGCAUCGUGGUUGGUUUUGCUUUCGGGUUUUGGGGCGUUUGUGGGCCAUUGGUUCUAAAAGAUUCAUGGAGACAUGCGUUUUGCAAAUUCGUGAAUGCCGUCAAUGAUCGAGUUCUUGUAACAUUGGAGACGAGUUUCGCUAGGCUCCGGAAUCAAACCAUGUCUAAUGUGCAUUGA